CCGCCGCCGCCAUUCCCCCGCCCACGGCGCCGCCGUCGAUGGCGUCGUCGGCGGGCGGCGACGAGGCCUCCCCGCCCAAGCCCAUCCUCCUGCACGGGGACCUGGACCUGUGGAUCGUCGAGGCGCGGCUGCUCCCCAACAUGGACAUGUUCUCCGAGCACAUCCGCCGCUGCUUCGCCACCUGCGGCACCGCCGCCUCCUGCGCGCCCAAGCAGGCGCACCCCGCCAACCACCGCGGCGGGGAGGACCCGCGCCGCCACCACCGCAGGAUCAUCACCAGCGACCCCUACGUCACGCUCUCCGUCGCCGGCGCCGUCGUCGCGCGCACCGCCGUCAUCCCCAACAGCCAGGAGCCGCGCUGGGCCGAGCAGUUCUUCGUGCCGCUCGCGCACCGCGCCGCCGCGCUCGACUUCCAGGUCAAGGACAACGACACCUUCGGCGCGCAGCUCAUCGGCACCGCCUCCGUGCCCGCCGACCAGGUCGCCGCCGCCGUCGACGACGAGGUCGAGGGCUGGUUCCCCGUCCUCGGGCCCAGCGGCAAGCCAUACAAGCCACGCACCGCGCUCUUCCUCCGCUUCCGCUUCCGCCCGCUCGCCACCAACCCCAUGUACCGCUGCGGCAUCCCCGGCGACCCCGAGCAGCAGGGCGUCAAGGACUCCUACUUCCCGCUGCGCCACGGCGGGCAGGUCACGCUCUACCAGGACGCGCACGUCAACGAGGGGGACCUGCCGGAGAUCCAGCUCGAGCCGGGGAAGCUGUUCCAGCACAACCAGUGCUGGGAGGACAUCUGCCACGCCAUACUCGAGGCGCACCACAUGAUCUACAUCGUCGGAUGGUCCAUCUACGACAAGGUCAGGCUUGUGCGCGAGCCCUCAUCCUCCAGGCCGCUGCCGGAGGGCGGCGACCUCACGCUCGGGGAACUGCUCAAGUUCAAGUCGCAGGAGGGUGUCAGGGUCUGCCUGCUCGUCUGGGACGACAAGACGUCGCAUGACAAGCUCUUCAUCAAAACGGGUGGUGUGAUGGGAACACAUGAUGAGGAAACUAGAAAGUUCUUCAAGCAUUCCUCAGUCAUUUGUGUUCUUUCACCUCGAUAUGCCAGCAGUAAGCUGAGCAUUUUCAAACAACAGGUUGUUGGUACAUUGUUUACUCACCAUCAAAAAUGUGUGAUGGUUGAUACACAAGCUUGGGGAAACAAGCGGAAAGUUACUGCUUUUGUUGGGGGGCUAGAUCUUUGUGAUGGGCGUUAUGAUACUCCCCAACAUAGGCUUUUUAAAGACCUUGACACAGUAUUCGAAAACGAUUAUCAUAACCCAACAUUUUCGGGAAGUACGAAAGGACCAAGACAACCAUGGCAUGAUUUGCACUGUAAGAUUGAUGGACCAGCUGCCUAUGAUGUCUUGAAAAAUUUUGAGCAACGCUGGAGAAAGGCUACCAAGUUCCGUAAUCGAUUUAGGAAAGUAACUCGUUGGAAAGAUGACGCCUUGAUAAAGCUGGAGCGUAUCUCAUGGAUACUAAGCCCUUCGCCUAAUGUUCCAAAUGAUCAUGUUAGUUUGCGGGUUUCAAAAGAAGAAGAUCCUGAAAACUGGCAUGUUCAGAUAUUCCGGUCAAUUGAUUCAGGCUCUCUAAAAGGAUUUCCUAGUGAGAGCAAAGAAGCUUCAAAGCAGAAUCUUGUGUGCCGAAAGAAUCUCAUAAUCGAUAAGAGCAUCCACACAGCAUAUGUCCGGGCAAUCAGAUCAGCGCAACAUUUCAUUUACAUAGAAAAUCAGUAUUUUCUUGGUUCUUCGUACGCAUGGCCAUCCUAUGUGAAUUCAGGUGCCGACAAUCUGAUACCAAUGGAGUUGGCCCUCAAAAUUGCGAGCAAAAUUAGAGCUGACGAAAGAUUUGCAGUUUAUGUAGUCAUACCAAUGUGGCCAGAAGGAGUCCCUACCGCAGCCUCUGUGCAAGAAAUUCUAUACUUUCAGGCUCAGACAAUGGAGAUGAUGUAUAGAGUAAUUGCACAAGAGCUCAAGGCCAUGAAUAUUGAGAAUGCAAACCUUCAAGAUUACUUGAACUUCUACUGUCUGGGCAACCGGGAAGAACCAUCAACAAAUGGCAGUCCCGACUCAGACAAAUCUUCAGAUAAAAGUGCAGCGGGCCUGGCUCGAAAAUAUCGGCGGUUCAUGAUCUAUGUUCAUGCAAAAGGGAUGAUUGUAGACGACGAAUAUGUCAUUCUGGGGUCAGCAAACAUCAAUCAAAGAUCCUUGGCUGGUUCAAGAGAUACUGAAAUAGCAAUGGGCGCCUAUCAACCUCAUCAUGCAUGGGCUACAAAGGGGGGUCAUCCUCACGGCCAGGUAUAUGGAUAUAGGAAUUCUCUCUGGGCUGAGCACCUUGGGGUGGUGGAUGACCGCUUCAAGGAUCCUUCAAGCCUGGACUGUGUAAGAUUAGUGAACCAAAUAGCUGAAGAGAACUGGGAGAGAUUCACGUCAGAAGAUAUGAAAACAUUGCAAGGGCACCUCCUCAGAUACCCGGUGAGGAUAGAGCCUGAUGGCAACAUCGGCCCUCUGCCAGACCAAGAAUGCUUCCCUGAUGUCGGUGGCAAGAUCUGCGGAGCUCCAACCUCACUUCCUGAUUCGCUGACAAUGUAAACGUCAUCCUAGCGCUUUUGAGAGUGACUUUUCCACACCUGUAAAAACUACAUGAUUUUUUCCUGGAUUGGCGCCGGAGUAGAACUGAAUGCGUAUCGUGAUCGGUCAUCACCCAUAGGGUGGCGUAGCGGAAGCCUGGGUUGCUAAUGGUGUUUGUAGAGCUGUUGCGUUUGUAAGAGUUUCCAGUCUGUAAAUGAAACACGACAGGGCCACUGAUAGUGUUGGUCAUUUCUACGGUCACGACAGGAUCA